AGAGGGCUGUUUUCAUGCGCUGGGAGAGAGAUAGUUGGAAGGGGGUAGAAAAGUCUCAUGAAGGAGAGGCUGAUGGAGGCUGGUAAUCACUGAAGGGGGAAAGUUUCUGAGGAGAAUGCGGAGAGAGGAAGCAAACGCAGGAAGAGGGACUGAGGACUAUGUAGGAAUUCCUGACUGAAGUCAUGUUGCCUUAGAGCUCCCAUCCCAAACCCUCCGUUACUAUGGAAAAAUACAGCUGCACGAAUCUGAGCCCGGUGGUGCCACUCUGUUGUUGGUGCCAUACGGGCUGAAGUCACAGUUGAAAAAUUUGCUUGGCAGCCAAGAGGAUGGAUCGGAAACAGAACCUAACAUCUUCUGGUUCGGAGGCAAUGGAGGAUUGUGUGCAGGGGGCGCUCUCAUCGCUUUACCCUCCUUUCGAGAGCACGGCGCCACCCCUCCUCUCCCAGGUCUUCUCAGUCCUGGAGUCGACCUAUCAGCAUGACAGUCUUCGGUACCUCCUGGACUACUUCGUUCCUGCCAAGCACCUCCUGCACAAACUCCAGCAGCACGCCUGCUCUCAGUACCUGGGCUGCUUGUUCCUUCACUCUGGCUGGCCUCUGUGUCUAGGCGAAAAAGUGGUUGUACAGCUCUCCACCCUGGACUGGAGACUCCUGCGCAGUAAUGACUUCUAUCUGCAGGUGGUGCCCUUCUCUACACGUUGCCCCCGCCUGGCCCUAAAAUGUCUGGCCCCUGGGGGGCGCACUGUUCAGGAAAUCUUGGUACCCGAGUCACAGCACCCCCUCGUGUUCACCACUGAGUGGCUGCACAGCAUCAACAAGGAACGGGGCCACAAGAGAGAAGUUGGAGGAGGACUUGACACCUGCCUGGUCAGUACAUGCGAUGGUGUGGUUCGUCUACCGUGGAAGGAGGUUGUCUAUCCAAAGUUCAUCCACGACCCCUCUGAGGAGCUGGGUCUAAUGUCCAACCACGAGGGCUCCAUGUCCAACCGCCUGUCCAGUGAAGGGGGCAGCAGCCUUGGAGGCUGGGGUGGCUCAUCCUCUGGUGAACCGGACUCCUGGUCCUGGGAUGAGGAGGAAGAUGAUGGUUUACCACCAGACGGUUUGGACUCUGCGCCUGCACUCCCCCGUCGAAGACGAAGCGAAGAUGGGCUUGGGAGGACAACAAGGCAUCCUCAGCUGGAUGGGGACUAUGUGGAGCUAUUAGAGCCCAGAGUGGGUCCUGAUGGAGGGGUUGACACACGGCAGAGGUACCUGGAGAUGCAUGGAAUAUGUAAGACCAAGACUUUGCCUCUGUGCAGGAGAGGUAAAGCCAUCAAACUUCGGAAGGGGAAAGCUUGGGGAUAUGGAAGACUGGAAGGGUCAGGAAGCUUUCGAGCUGUCCUCGGUGCCAAAAGAGAUGUGGUAACCCCAAAAGGUGACAUUUUGCCACCUCGGCCUCCACCAGGAGUCACUGAUCCCAGCAGAGGGAGUAGGUCCUACUCCUCCUCUGUCCAUGACUCUGAUGAUGGAGAUAAAACAGGCAGGGACUCAGGGAGCCUGGAUAACGACCGGCUUUAUUUUGGUGGCCCGUUCAAAGAGAGAAGGCCUGGUGUGGGCAAGGAGAGAGACAGCAACGGCCUCACGCAGCCGUGCAGAGACGACCAUAGAGGAAAAGACUCAGAGAGUGGUGACAGCGUGUUCACAAAUGAAAUCCAUGACUUGAGAAACCACAAAGUUGGGCACGUUAUAGAGGGCCAAUCAGAUCACGGAUCUCAUUCGGACUCUGUUUUCGAGGAUACAGAUAAACCACUGAGUGGAGACAGUGAUGCCACCACUCCAACAUCAGAUGCACCAGAGAGACCAUUCACUGGAGUUUUACAAAGUGGAGAGAUUACCAACAGUGGAUCUAAAAUGAAUAGUUUAUCUAACCUGACGGGGACAGAAGGGCAGGAUGAAGGCAAGACGGAGGACAGAGUGUGCCCCAGAGGAAAGGAAGUGAAAACAGCAGGGUUCAGAGCGCCAAGGAGGAAAAGGAAGGGAAAGGGGGCAAAAGGGAGGGCUAGGUCUGGUGGUCGUGGACACCAGAAGGGAUCAAAACAGCAGGGUAAAGCUGCUCAACCAAGUCCCACCACCUGCUCUGCUUUGCCAAAGCCGCCCGUCACAGAGGGCAACCAAUUGGAGCAAAGACAACAGGCAGAUGAACCUGAUGGAGUGCCACCAUCAACGAAUGAAGUGACAGAGGAUACAACGAAAACCAGUACAGAAGAGCCCAAGGCCGACUCUCUACUUGUCUGCAAUGGCCAAUCAGGCACAUCCUUAUUCAACCACUCAACUGAAGAGGAGGCAGGUUCUGGAGAGACAUGUCCUGACCAGGUGAAUGGAGUUGCAUCGAAAGAGCCUCCCCUCCUGAGGGAACUGGACACAGGGCUUCUCCACUCAGGGAAACUUAAGUUGACAGGUACAGUGGACAGGUUGGGACGUGCUCUGAUUGUCACAGAGACAGAUGCACCAGAGGAGGGUUUCUGUGACGAGGAGAUGGCCCGAGUCCUGGCAUGCUACCACAGAAUCAGUCGGCCUGCAGCCAAAGAAAAGGGUCUCACGGUGUUAAUGGACAGCAGACGCGCUCCACCCUCCACUCUCUGUCUCUCUGCGCUUAAAUCGUUCCAGGCGUUCGUUCCUGGCGGUCUCGGAUCUGUUCUGGUUUUGGUGGAGGAGCAGCAGGAGCCCCCUUCUCAUAAUCUGGAGGGAGCCGAGAUCCACACGGUGCGAGGAACAGGAGUCCUUCAGCAAUAUGUCGACAAGCAACAGCUGCCAGAGGAGAUGGACGGAGACUUCACCCACUGUCACUCAGACUGGCUGGUCUUCAGACUGAGCCUGGAGAGUCUGACAGAGCGCUGUGAGAGCGCCCUCUCACUGCUAGGAGAAGCACUGCAGUCCAUGGACGCUGAGCCCAUGCCAGACAACAUCAAGGCGGUUCCUCAGAGCAUCGACAAACACAGGCAGCUCAUGGUGAGCGUCCUGGCCGACCAGCGGUUAACCGAGCUACAGCAAAGGGGCGGGGCCUGGCUCGCUGGACUGACCAAUAGCCCAACUGGGCUGGCACAGAAAUCACCAGACUGCAGGGCCGCUCUCGCCGCGACCUCUAAACUCUACGACAGCGUGGACGACGCCCUUCAUCGGCUCGUCCAGGUGUCCAACCAAAGAGGGAGCGACCUGGACGCUUUGGGACGACUAGCAGGGCUGGUGGACAGACUGGAAAAGUGUGAUAAAGAGAUUGAGCAAGUCCAGUCACAGCUGGAAAACUACAAGGACCCUCCUCUGUCCCUCAGCAGACUGUCACUCAAACAGCAGAAAUUCAAGACGUUCAGAGAAAUGGCCAACGAGCUGCACAGUGAGACCCUGUCAGUGCUCAGUGAUUUGGAGGGCUGGUGCGAGCUGGACUGGGCGGGCCUCAGCGACGUCCAGAUCCGACUUCCUCCGGUCAGGGAGAAGCUGAGAGACAUGUCCCACUGUCUGUCCGACUGCUGGACCACCCUGGACAACACCCAGAGGCUGCUGUCCACCCUGACCGAGGCCACCCAGUGGUGCGAUGCAGUCUCCUCCACCUCCUCCUCCCCUCCUUCCUCCUCUUCAACCUGCCCUCUCGCCUCCCUCCCUCCAAUCCCGCCGUCCCGUUUCCAGGAUGCCCGUUCCCUUGCCAUAGAGCUUGGUGGAGGUGCGCUCCUGGAUCUCUGGACCCAGACGGUGGAGCGCUACCAGCGGACCGUAGCGCAGGUGAAACCCCGGUUCCUCCAGUCGGACAGGAGCCAGAAUCAGGGCCAGGGGAAGCCAAAGAUGCCCUCUGCCAGCAGCCUGUGGGACUUGAUGGGUCCUGAGGGGGAGGGCGACUGGGGACUGGGGGCUGGAGGAAGCGAGGGCGGGCUGCAGUCCUGGGGAUCACUGGCGUCUCUGUUCAGGCCGCAGACCUGCUCCACACUGAAGAUAGGAGAGGAGAAAGGGAACAAGAAGGAUGGAGGAGGAGCUGGUGGUGCUGGAGGAGGGAAGUUCCUGCAGAACCUCCUGAAUCCUGCAAAGAAGAGCCCCACAGAUUCUCCACUCCCCACCAAGCCGCCCAGGAAGCGCCACCCGAGCUUUGACCUCCAGGCUCUCCUGGCUCCCCGGCGAGGCGCGGCCACCCCGAAACCUGCCGAGUCCCCGGUGAGCGGGUCGAGCCGUAACUCCCCCAUGUCCUGGCUGGGGAGGCGGACGUUAGCUGACCCAGUCAUUACCACUAGUAUGGCUGCAGCCAUCCCUGGAUGGGGCAGUGGUGGUGGUGGUGGUGGUGGUGGUGGUGGUGGUGGUGGUGGAGGAGGAGGAGGAGGAGGAGGAGGAGGAGGAGGAGGAGGAGGAGGAGUGUUAAUUCGAGGGGUGGAGGUCAGCAGCAAGGAGGUGGUGGACCACACGGGGUCACCGAGGCAACACGUGCUGCUCGGGAGGACUGAGAGGGAGACGGGGACAGAUAGAGCCGGUUCGACUGCUCAGAGUAAGCUGUACCUGCUCUGGUGCAGGAUGCUGAGCUCAGAGAGGCAGUACGUGGCCGUCCUGAAGGGCGUAGAAGAGACGUACCUCCCUUUGCUGGAGCUGUCGGACACGCCGGCCUCCAUCAGGGGCAAGGCAGACGCCCUCUUCCCCAACUGGGCCAGCCUCGGCACCUUUCACUCGCAGAACCUGCUCCCUGCCAUGGAGGGCGCUCUCGUGCAGAGCUUGUUGCAACAGGACUGCUUCAGCAAAUAUCGGGAGCAGUUUCUGCAGUAUUCCCACUACAUCCGGACCAAACCGGAGCUGGACUCUCCUCUGGUCUCGCAGGCUGCCGACUUCUUCAAGUCCAAACUCCCCCCCGCCUCCCCCCUCUCCCCUCUGUCCUUCCCUCACUGUCUCCAGGCUCCCACUCAGAGACUGGAGCAGUACUGCGAGGCCCUGGAGGAGCUGGGAGGGAUAAACCCCGCCUCCGACUCCGCCCUCUCCAUUCUGAGACACGCCCAGCGGCACGGCGAGGACCUCCGGGCCAGUGACCUCAUCGUCGGAUGUCCGAUCCCCGUGGCGGAGCGAGGCGAGCUGGUGCGGCACGGCGAGCUGACGCUGUGCGGGGGAGCUCGGAGGAAGCGGGCGGGCGUGAGGAGCAUUUUCCUCUACCAGCACAUCGUCAUCUUCACCAAACAGAAGAGCCCUGGCCCGGGACGCGUCGCCUACAGCUACAAGCACAGCAUCAAGACGGGCGAGAUGGGUCUGACUCAGAGCGUGGGCGAGGAGGGAGUGAAGUUUGAAGUGUGGGUCCGACAGGCGCGAACCAAAGACUGCAUAACGCUGCAGGCGAAGGACAAAGAGGAGAGGGUGGCCUGGACUCAUGACAUUGCACAUCUGCUGUGGACACACGCCAUCAACAACACAGAGUUGUGUCUGAAGGAAUCUCUCUGCAUGGGAAUCUCCAGCAAGCUGCUGCUGGACGCGACAGGAACUCCAGGCUCCGAGCUGGACUCCAUCUCCAGCCUUGACAGAGUCCACAGCAGCUGCUCAGACUCCUCCUCGGUGGGCAGUCAGAAGGAGGGGGGAUCCCCGGCGUCUGGGAGGGACCCCAGGAGAAGCUCCGGAUCAACAUGUCACUCCCAGAGUCAGUCUCCCUCUACAGCUGUGUAACCGUCAUCUCAAUAAGAAACAGAAACUGGACUUUUUUCCCCCGAUCAUCUCAUCUGCACCUCUGAGCGACUGGACUUCGAGGAGCAUGAAGACAAAAUGGGGGGACCCUCAGACUCUAUUUGAACUUCUCCCAAAGGGCCUUCCUUUUUCCCCCCCCCCUCCUUGCCCCCUUCACCUCCUUGAAACAAACAAAAAAAAAAAUGCCUGCAGAUUAGCCGGAGCAGUAGCUUACUGCAUCACUUCCCCCCCCGAGCCCCUCCCGAUUGAAAGCUGCCUACCCAGCCUACCCCCGGAUCAAAAAUGCCCCUGUUCAAACCAUGACAAGCACCAGCAGGGCUCUCUGCACUCCGCCAUUUUGGAUCUGCCAGUCUCAGUUGCUGGCAGAGUCAUUGACACCAAAGGCACUUCAGCCACACAGUGCGGCCAUUGUCUGCCCCGCGGCUCCCCGCUAGGCCAAACCACUUGGUCUGAACCACUGACUGCCUGGCUGGCUGACUGUACGCAUCACAUGCUCCAGCAUCUGAUAAUAAACAGGAAGUGAUACACAGAGCGUAAAUCCACCGUAGGAUUGCAGAUUUAGAAUGUAUUAUGUACUUUGUCAUUUUCAUAACGCUGAAUGGAGUACUGUAGGCUUUUUUUUUUUUCUCCUCUUCUCUCCCUCAUGCCUGUGUAAAAAUGCGUGGCAUAGGCUAGGUGUGAUUGCAUCUAUGUAAAUGAGGCACACACACACACACACACUCUCAACACAUGCAGUCAUUCUUAUUGUUAUAAGACAGUGGAGCAUUAUUCACAUGCUCACACACACUCACUGAGGCCAUUUUAGAGCCUGGUACAGUGGCUAAAUCAACGCCGGGCAAGGUUGCAUCUGGACUCUUUGCAGUAAGCGUUGCCUCGAUGAUGAAGCUCUCGCAGAAUUAUAUCCGACUGCUAUACAUUCUGUUUCUGUGUCUGUUGAAGCUAAUGAUGUCAUAUUAACAGUGGCGAAAUGGUAUUUAGUCUUUCACAAGUAUAACUUAUGUCAGCAACAUGGUGCCUUAAGAAGUGUACUGAUGAGUACUGAUACUGAACUGAAUCUUCUACCUUUAAAUAUAAGAUGCCAUAUUCUUAAUGCCAAAGGUAUAAAAAUGGGUGUCUGUGCAAUGUUGAUUUGUGUACAAAAAGUCAUUGUAUGUUACAUUCUGUGUGAGCUUUCCCUAAUUGGACUGCUUCCUCCAUAUAAUGGAGAAAGGUGGAUCUGUUCCGCCGGUUUUACUGGUUUUGUGCUCGCGGGCCAGGAGACAUGAACUACUUCCAAUUAUUCUCAAAGAGCUAAUUUACUCAGAUUUGAAUCGCUCAAAGGAAAACGGUUCGCCUCUGUCUAUGGCGUUUUGAGCUUGAAGAUCGUAGUUUGGAGUAGUCACAGUGAGAUCUUCAAGGCCAGUUGAAUGAAAUUCUUGAGACGGAGCCAUUAUGAUGUCCUGGGAUAGAUUUUUAAGGUCCAGUGUGGAGGACUUAGCAGAAAUCUUGGGCAGUGUAUUAUUAUUAUAGUGCAUUAUUAUCAUCAGAUUGCACUGUUAUGUUUAUACAGGGCCUUAAAUCUGAUUUAUGGUUGCACGUUGGCUCUAGCCGACGCCGUAACUUACCUAAGUGGUCCACGCUGUAAUGAGCGUUUAUGCGUGAACCAAGACCGGGUAACCCCAGAAAAGCAGCAGUCGGCUGGUUAGGAGGGACUGCAACAGCCGAAUAGUGCGGUGUGUUUACUGGGAAAACUAUAGCAAAACUAUGGCCCUGGCAUUGCCACCGCUGCUAAGCACUGGAGAGGCUAGAAAAUGUGACGCUACCACGCAGGCCAAUCACAGUUAUGAUCAAUCAUUACGUCAGACUGCGGCGUAGGGUUGGUUGCAACCUGAAACUUCACCACUAGAGGCACUGUAACGCUACAUAUUGGACCUUUAAAUUUUAACAUAAUAGUUUGGCUAGGCUAGCUGUAUUUUCAAAACCUCCAAACCGGGACCCUCAAGUGUACCUCCCAUUAACACACAUGUAUCUGUCAUGCAUGCACCAUAAGUGUUUUCAUCAUGAUGGGGACAAUAUUUCAGUGCUUAUGAAGUGGAAAAAAGUUACCCUCCUGGUGCUCUUCACAAAAGUCUGACUAUCUCCUCAGCCUGACAGCUAACAGUUAGCAUACUGACAGGUUCUCACAGAAAUAGCUGCAAAUGUCAUUACUCAUAGGUCAACAGCAGCCUUGACUGGCAUGCUGAUUGAUUGACAGGCCACACUUAAAUAGUGUAAUUGCUAUUUUAAAUGUGAAAGAUCAGGAAAACUGGGACACUGUUGGGACUUGAACCCGGUACAGUCCCAGCCAAGCCUGCACAUCUGGUCACUCCACCUCUGUCUUUGAUGCUAAGCUAAGCUAACCUACUGCUGGCAUUAGCUUCAUACUGACCAUGAGAGUGGUAUCAGUCUUCUUAUCAAGGUCUUGGCAGGAAAACAAAGUGAAAAACCAAAAGUGUUGAACUUUUCCUUCAAGAGAUCAUAUCUCAAAGCUAAUGCAACAUGCUAACCUUACCAAAACUCUAAUAACAAAAAGUAGAUAAAAGGAUUCAACAUUUCAUUUGAUGCUGUAGUUCAUGUCUCUUGUCGGCAGUAAAACCAUCAAACCAUCAUGCUUAAGGUACAACAUGAACCCGUCGGGGUUCAGCUUGUGUCUGCAGCAGCCGUUUGUCGCUGCGAUCACACUUCAGCUCGCCGCAUAUCUGCAUUCAAAAUUUCAAAAAUUGCAAAUGGCUAUUGAGCCGUUUCUGAAUCAAUAUGUAAUUUGUUGGCUUGGAGAAGCCUCGCACACCUCAUAGCCUUUAGCUGUUUGGUACAUUGCGUUAUAUUGGAAGCAAUGUAAUGAACACCAUCUUUCAUUCUGGCUGCGGUAUAGAUUGUCAUAUGCAGUAUUCCUCACUUCUGUAACGCCGCAGCAAGGCAGUAUUAAUGUAUAGAGACCUUUGUCCCCCCAUCUCGCUCCGUUUUGCUACGACACACUCUGCCUGAUGUUUACAUUUUUUGGAAAGAAUGUGGAAUGUUGGAAAUGCAUGUCAUGCUUUACUUGAUCAUUGUACUACUUUUUUUUUUCCUCUGUGUCGAAUUAAAAAAAAAAAAAAAAGAA